AUGUAAAUCGAUUAAGCAUUUUUGGAAAAUUUAAAUAAAGGAUUUAAGUUGAUCUUAACAAGAAUGUCUAUCUCAGAGAUUAAACAAUCUCUCAUGCUCCCUUCAAGAAUCUCUGUUUAAAUAAAUAAGUAAAUCCUCUGUGAGAGAGUAGGAAUAAAGAUUGGCAUUGAAAAAUGCCUUGAAAUACUUUAACCCAGAUCUUCAUAAGAGGUUAGCACCUGAG